AGCACACUGCAGAUCCUCGCCCACUGUCGCCUCUCCGCCAGCAGAGGAGACGACAGCGCAGGAGGGAGGACACCAUGGAGGAGCCUCUCUGGAGCCUCCGACAGCAACUCUCCCGCUGACCGCCACCGCCUCCUCCUUCCAUCCUUCCAUCACUCCUCUCCAUGUGGAUGUCCUUCCACUCCUCCUGCCUCAAAGUGACCCGCUCUCUACUUCAUCUUGGCUUUUUAUAGGACUACCGUUUUGUUUUGUUUUUUUCCCUGCAGUUCUUUUUCCUCAGCUGACCUCCCCCCGAGCUGAGUGGAUUUACUUCUUUUUUUUUUUUUUUCCCUUGGGACUCCCGGACUAUGGGUCGGCGGAGGCGCAGCUGGCACCUCCUGGCGCCACUGCUGCUUCUCCUGGGAUGCGUUUUCCGGCGAGAUUUCGCGCAGACGGACGACGGCGGGAAGUCCGUCUACUUCUGGGAAACAGGUCCUUGGGGGAGGUGCAUGGGCAGCGAUUGUGGCCCGGGGGGCAGCCAGAGCCGGGCGGUGUGGUGUGCCCACGUGGACGGCUGGACCACUCUGCACACCAAUUGUGACCAGUCAUUGCGUCCGUCGAACCAGAGGAACUGUUUUCGUGUGUGCGACUGGCACAAGGACUUGUACGACUGGCGUCUGGGCCCCUGGAACCCAUGCGUGUCUGUGUCCUUGAGGGCUUCGGGGGCUCCACGGCCCAUCAUCUGCAGCGGGGGCGAGGAAGGUAUCCAGACCCGAGAGGUGGGGUGCACCCUCAAGUCAGACGGGUCCGCUGCAGAGGACGCCAUUUGCGAGUAUUUCGAACCCCAGCCCCGCUUGGAGCAAGCCUGUCUGAUCCCGUGCCCUCAGGACUGUGUUGUAUCUGACUACUCCCCAUGGACAUCCUGCUCAAAAACCUGCGGGACGGGUCUGCGCAACCGGGUCCGAAGUGUUUUGGUACCGCCACUUUUUGGAGGAUCCAUCUGUCCCAAUCUGACUGAGUUCCAAUCUUGCAAAGUGGGGCCCUGCGCAGGACCGGAGGGCAUGUACAGCCUCCGGGUGGGCGCCUGGACACCCUGCGUCCUGCCCCAGACCCGGACGACGCGCCAGGCCAAGCGGCGCAAGGGGAAAGGCCAGGGAGGUGGAGGAGCCAAAGAUCCCGAGACCAGAGAACUAAUCCAGAAGAAACGCACCAGGAACCGGCUGAACCGGCAGGAAAGUUCUUCCUGGGACGUGCAAGUGGGAUACCAGACCCGAGAUGUCACCUGUGUUCACAGGAACAGUAGCUCGGUUCCACGCAACUUGUGCACACUGAGGGAGGUGCCUCUGACCAUCCAGUCGUGCGUGCUGCCCAGAGACUGCCAGCUGAGCGACUGGAGCAACUGGUCAGCCUGCACCAAGGCCUGCGUGGACGCCGACUUGCCCGGUAGUUGGCGACAGCGCCGCAGAGAAGUGUUGCAAUUCCCCACGGGCGAAGGGACCGAGUGCCCGACGCUGAACGAGCGGGAGCCCUGCGAGCUUCAGGGGGAUGUCGUGAUGCCCUGUGCCGUCUACGCCUGGAGGACCACCGAGUGGUCUGAUUGCCGCGUGGACUUGCUGCUGGGCCAGCAGGAUCGCCGCCGCGCCAAUCUGACUGGACUCUGUGGUGGGGGUCUACAGACCAGAGAGAUCUACUGCGUCCAAGCCAAUGCCGAGCUCCUCAAGUAUGUCGGCGACUUCCAGGAGAAAGACAAAGCGAGUCAAACCCAAGGACACCAGAAACCUAGUGUACCCCCACUCCUCUCUGUCUCCUUCCACAUCACAGCGGCGCGCCCGGUGGAGAACCGUCUGUGCGGAGGUUCUGUUCCUGAUCGGUCACAGCUCUGCCAGUUGCCCUGUCCCGUCGAGUGCCAAGUGUCUCCCUGGGGUGCCUGGGGGCCGUGCACCUUUGAGAGCUGUGACGAGCAGUCAGCCAAGAAAGGAUUCAAACUGAGAAGGCGCCAGAUCACCAACGAGCCCACGGGCGGCCCAGCCAACUGCCCGCACCUGGUUGAGGCACUACCCUGCGACCAGCCCAGUUGCUACAACUGGCGACCGAUUGGCCUGGACCGUUGCGUACCCGUAGAGCAAAAACGGUGCGGGCCCGGAACGCAGCUGUCUCGGGUCCGGUGCGUCAACCGCAACGGUGAGCCGGUGGACGAGAGCCUGUGCUCGUCCACGCCGCCUCCGGAUCCCGUGGCAUGCCAGGUACCUUGCUCCAGGGACUGCGUGCUGAGCGACUGGACUCCAUGGUCCACCUGCUCUCAGACCUGCUCCAGCAAGACCGUAGAGGGAAAACAGAUGAGGACGCGAUCUAUUCUGGCUUACAACGCCGGCGAGGGUGGCGCCAUGUGCCCCAACAGCAGUUCACUGCAGGAGGUCCGGAACUGCAACGAGCAUGCGUGCACCGUGUACCACUGGCAAACGGGCCCAUGGGGGCCUUGCUCCGAGGACCCCUCCUCCACAACCCUCAACGCCACCUCGGCGGGGGCGACCGUGGGCCUUGGCAGCUGCUCCAACGGGGUCCAGACGAGAAAAGUCAUGUGUGUGCGUGUCAACGUGGGCCAGGUUCCCCCUAAAAAGUGCCCAGACAGUCCUCGGCCCAGCACAGUGCGUCCGUGUCAGCUGCCCUGCAAGAAAGAUUGCAUCAUGACCCCUUUCAGUGAGUGGACAUCCUGCCCCGAUGCCUGUGAUGCAGCUGGUAACGCUGUGAAGACCAAACAAUACAGAAAGCGUCUGGUGAUCCAGGCGCCUUCCAACGGAGGUCAGGAUUGUCCUGAAGUGUUGGAGGAGGAUCGAGAAUGUCAGCCAACACAAACGUGUCCAGGGUUCAGGUGGAAGUCCCACAAGUGGAGAAAGUGCCAGCUGGUUCCUUGGGUCCUCAGGCAGGACCGACCCGGCGCUCAGGAAAACUGUGGGCCGGGACUUCAAACACGAGCCGUGUCGUGUCGACAGCUGGACGGGACCCAGGUGGACGUGGGCGAGUGUCUGCAGCUGGCCCGCAGCAUGCCCGCUCUUACCCAGCGCUGCCAGUUGCCCUGCCAGGACGACUGCCAGCUCACCAACUGGUCCAAGUUCUCUUCCUGCUCGGCCGAUUGCGUGGGCGUGCGCACCCGGAAGAGGGCAUUAAUCGGGAGGAGCAAGAAGAAGGACAAGUGUAAGAACACUCAGAUGUACCCCCUGAGCGAGACGCAGUAUUGCCCUUGCGACAAGUACAACGCCCAGCCGGUGGGCAACUGGUCCGACUGCAUCCUGCCCGAAGGGGGCCGCUCCGAAAGCGCCCUGGGGUUGAAGGUGACGGGCGACGUCAGGGAGUGCGGUCAGGGCUACCGAUACCAGGCCAUGGUCUGCUACGACCAGGAUGGACGUCUGGUGGAGACGGCGAGAUGCAACAGUCACGGUUACAUCGAGGAGGCAUGCAUCAUUCCCUGUCCAUCCGACUGCAAGUUGAGCGAGUGGUCCAACUGGUCUCGCUGCAGUAAAUCGUGCGGCAGCGGCGUCAAAGUGCGCUCCAAGUGGCUUCGGGAGAAACCCUACAACGGGGGAAGACCCUGUCCCAAGCUGGACCACGUCAAUCAGGCUCAGGUGUAUGAGGUUGUGCCGUGCCAAAGUGACUGUAAUCAGUACGUGUGGGUGGCCGAGCCCUGGAGUAUGUGGAAGGUCAGCAACGUGGACCUGAAGGAGAACUGUGGAGAAGGCGUGCAGACCAGAAAAGUCCGGUGCAUGCUCAACACCAUCGACGGGCCCUCGGAGGCGGUGGAGGACUACCUGUGCGACCCAGAGGAGAUGCCCUUGGGGGCCCGAGAGAGCCGGCUGCCCUGCCCUGAAGAUUGCGUCCUCAAUGACUGGGGUCCUUGGACCCGCUGCACCCUGCCAUGCACCAGAAGCAACGGUCGCAUUCGUACCGCGUACACGUUACGCUCGCCUAGCGCCGGAAGACUUUGUCCUGACACCAUCGAAGAAGAACCCUGCAGCCUCAACCUCAACUGCUUCAACUACUUCUACAACAUCACAGAUUGGAGCACGUGUCAACUGAGUCCAAACGCCGUGUGCGGGCAAGGAAUCAAGACGCGCAUGCUGGACUGCGUUCGUAGUGACGGCAAAUCGGUGGACAUAAAGUUCUGUGAGGAGCUGGACCUGGAGAAGAAGUGGCAAAUGAACACCUCCUGUGUGGUGGAGUGUCCAGUCAACUGCCAGCUGUCCGAGUGGUCGACUUGGUCAGAGUGCUCGCAGACCUGCGGUUUAGAAGGCAAGAUGUGGCGUCAGAGGUCUGUCGUGCAGGCCUCGCAGGGCGACGGUCGUCCGUGUUCGUCACCCUUGGUGCAGUGGAAGCCGUGUCCGGUGCGGCCGUGCUACCGAUGGCAGUACAGCGCCUGGUCAGAGUGCCGUGUGGAGAGUGUGGUGUGCGGUCACGGUACGCGCUAUCGGAACCUCACCUGCUUCGUGUCGGAUGGCAGUGGUGGCGAGCAGGACAGUGGCGGCCAAGUGGACGAGGAGCUGUGCGGGAGUCUGGAGUUGUCCGUCGAUGGAGAUAAGCGAAUCCGACUGAAGGAGGCCUGCAUUCUUCCUUGCCCUGGUGAGUGCUACCUGAUGGAGUGGUCCGACUGGAGCUCCUGCAUUAGAAUCUGCGCCAAAGAAGCCGGCGUGGAUUUCGGUUCGGUCCGGGUGCGCUCACGAGCCGUGUUGGCCCAGGAGCCGGAGAACCUGCAGCUGUGUCCUGACCAGGCCUGGGAGUCGCAACCCUGCACAGAAGGCGAAUGCUUCGAGUACAAGUGGCUGAGCAGCUUGCGGCUCAACUCCUCGCAACCGUUCAUCUGGUGUCAGCGCUCUGAUGGACUCAACGUCACUGGAGGCUGCCUUCCCGCCACCCCUGUUAUGGACGACAGUGCAUGCAACCCACCAUGCGUCCCCCCAACGUCUUACUGCAGCGAGGCGGGCGUUUGCAUGUGUGAAGAAGGCUACACGGAGGUGCUGUCGUCCGGGGGGCUCCUGGACCAGUGCGCCCCCAUCCCCAUUCUGGAGAUCCCUACGGCGGGAGACAAAAAGGGGGACGUCAAGACCAGCCGUGCUGUAAACCCCACGCUGACUACCACCACACAGCCAGGACGAUCAGGACGCACCUGGUACCUGCAACCCUACGGACCAGAUGGUAAGAUGAAGAUUUGGGUGUACGGCGUGGCUGCGGGAGCCUUCGUGCUGCUGAUUUUCAUCGUGUCUAUGAUCUACCUGGCUUGCAAGAAGCCAAAGCGACCGGAGCGAGCGAGGCAGCAGCAGAACAACCGCCUCAAACCUCUGACGUUGGCCUACGAUGGCGACACAGACAUGUAGUCACAGCUGCACGCCGGAUGCUUUUUUUUUUCCAAUACAGCAUGAAGGCGAGACAGUAAAUCCUAUGAGAGCACGUCUGUGUUUCAAAAGUGCUUUCCCCCAAUCACACUUUUUUUUACCUUCAUGACCUCUGCAAGCGUUGAGGCAAAUGCCUUUUUUUGUCAUCCACCCAACCAAGACUUCUCCUCCACCCACUCCCACUUUCUUUCCGCUGAGCCGCCGCUGGAGGCUUUAACGGGAUAUGUUGCAUCCUCCGUUGCCAAAAAAAAAAAAAAGAUGAGGAUGAGGGAUGAAGGGGAGGAAAAUCUCCAUAAAGGGGUUUAGAAUCCCUUCCUUAGCCAAAUCCUCUGGACAAAAAGGGGACACCAACCUCUCACUCUUGUGUGCUUUUGUGGUUGUUGUUGGAUUCGAGCGGCCUUUGCGCCCCUCUCUGUCUCUGUCUCUCUCUCCCCUCCACCCUGGCCGCUAACGUGCACUAUAUUAGUGCAGCACAUGAACGAUGAUGCCAUAUAAGAGGGAAGAUUGCGGCAAAACACGCAGGGUUCACUUGCAAAGGAGCCUUAGGGACACACUUAGCGGUAAAAAGUUGCAUAUAUAUAUAUAUAUAUAUAUAUAUAUAUAUAUAUAUAUGCACAUUGGCAACUCCUCUCCAAAAUCUCACUUUAAUAAUGUUUUUGUCCAUCAAUGCGACUUCAUUAUAUUAAAAAGAAAAACAUUAUUUGCAUUAAUUACUUUUAAAAAGGAAAGAAAGAAAAUACUUAAUUGUUGUUUAAGACGACUUUUUUCCUCAAAAAGUACAGUUUUAUUAUUGUUAUAUUAUUUUUCUCACACAAAUAUAUGUAUAUAUAUAUAUAUAUAUAUAUAUAUAUAUAUAUAUAUAUAUACGGUACAUAUAUAUUUGUGUGUGUGUGCUUUUCUCUCUGUUUAAGCAAAAAUUAAAUUUUUGUUUUACAUACUUUGCCUUUUUUUGUCUUACAGAACUCUGAUAUUAUUCUGUUAAGACUACAACAAUUUUUUUAACAUGUCUCUAGAAAAAGUUUUUUUAUUUCCAAGAUUUUUUUUCAAGAAUACACAUUGAGCAAAAACAUCAAUGCAACACUUAUUUUUGCUCCCAUUUUUCAUGAGCUGAAGUCAAACAGACUUCUAUGUACACACAAAAAAAACAAUUCCUCUCAGAUACUGUUCCAAGUCUCUGUUGGUGAGCACUUCAGCUUUGCCUUCCGCUUUGCUUUUUUCUUCCACAAUAUUCCAUUUGGUUUCCGCCCCAAAAUGCAACUUUUCUCUUGAAAACAUGCAUCUUUCCUGAAUUAUUUCUUUUCUUUUCAGUGUGGCCCUAAUACUCCUUUGUAGAUAAUCAUCAAAACUGUAUAGUUGUGGGUUUUUUACCAGUUAAAAAAAAAGAACCUUUUGUGGGUUGUUGAAGUCGUCUGGUGUAACAUUUGUUUCUGCCAAGAUGAAGCUUUAAAGGUCUCACUCAUCUUUCUCCAUUUUUCGUCAGGCAUUUUGAUUUGAAGCGGCCAUUUUGAGAGCGAUUAUGGCUAUUUCCAAGGAAACUUGAAAAUCUUCAAAAAUCAAGGCCCUGAAACUGGUCUGACUUACUUAGCAACAUUAUAUUUGGUAAGCAACUGGAUCAUGAACCAACCCACAAAAAAAUCUCAAAAUACCAUUGUCCAAAAAUGCACAGAAAGUCUGCCACACAGUUUUGAAGCAGCCAUUUUAUGGUCGUUUUGGCAAUUUCCAGGGGCCCAGUAACAACAAACUCCUCCUUUUCAAUCAAUUGUGUCAAAUUGCUCCCACAUUUGUAGCCAUACCAUAUUUGUGCACUAACCAGAAGGAUAAUGCUAAACUGCAAUUUAAAAAAAAAUUGUCCUUGCAUGUGGGCUUAGCGUGAGAGCGAAGUUUGAUAACGUGACAUAAAAACUGGAAAACUAAUAGCUUAGAUCCACAAUGGAAUGGUACCUCCAUUCCAAAAUUCAGCCCCGGAAACCAACUUCAUGCGGAAAAAUAAAAAUGGGUAGAAAUGUCAAAAAUGAGCAGUCACACAAAAAAGAUGUCAAAAAAGACACAGAAAGUGUACCACUUUGAUUUGAAGCUGCCAUUUCAGGGUCAGUUUGCCUAUUUUCAGGUUUACUUCAAAAAAAUAUGAAAACGUAGUCCACCAAGCUAGGUUAACUGAGCAACAUGAAAUUUAGUAGGCAUGGUUAUCUUUCAUAAAUCCAUGAAACGUCUCAGAAGGCCAUGCCUGAAAAUGUACACGUCUGACAUUUUGGUUUAAAACAGACAUUUCAGGGCCAAUUUGGUAAUAUUCAGGAGUACUUAAAAACAUGUUCACAAUUAAUCCCCUGGAUUCAAUUAAAGAUAACUGCAUGAAAUUUGGUAGGCAUUUCUUUCAUUAGUAGACGCAUGAAAAAGUCUCAAGAACCGAUGUCCGAAAGGACACGGGAAGUCUACCACUUAAGUUUGAAGCGGGCCGGUUCUGGAUCAUAUUGUUCAUUUCCAGCGGUUCUUCCGAGUCAAACUCCUCCAGCAUCUUUUGUUUGAUUCCUACCAAAUUUAUAGCCGACAUCCAAGAUCGAUGGAAGAUCCAAAAUUCUGAAAUUUUUUUGUUUUUGCCGUUGCUUGUACGGAGCACAAUGACAACAUUUGGUGAUUCAGCAUUAAAACACCGAAACGACCUGAAGGUAUUCAUUGGUGCCUCCUUUGGGCAGAAAAUGCAAUAAGUCCUCGCUCCUGAACGUCCAUCUCCUUUCCAACUUUUCUUUUAUUUGCCUUACUGAUGACCACUUGCAAGUUUUCUUGAAGGGGUCCAACUAACAUGCAGUCACUUCAAAAAUGAUCACUGAUGAACAUCAUGUGUUUUUCAUAUAAGCUUUAUUAUUGUUGAUAACAUGGGAAAAAAGGCUGAUGUCAGACAUUGUUUACACUGGUGGAAUGAUUUUAAAAAAACAUUUAAAAAUAUUUUCUUUUUUAAUUUUGAAGGGUUUUCCGUGCAGAUGAAGAACGUAAAAAUGUAUGUGUACAUUUAUUUUGUAUUACACAGAAAAUGUUUAGUUUGAAUAUCUCAAAAGUGGAUGUAUAAUAUUUUUUGCUGUCCUGAUACAAGUUCUGUGGUGGGGAAAAAAAAAAGACGACGCCAAAAAAAAACAAAAAAAAAAAGAAACGCUCGUCCGUUUUGUACAGGUUGUUUGUGUGUGCGGGAAGAAAAUACGGUAAUAAACAAGGACACGGUAACAAAA